AUGCCCCUUUGGCUGAUAUACCACCCUGACGGCACGUUCGAGGACGACGCCAGCAAAGGAGCCUUUGCUGCCGACAUCACCAAAUUCUACACACAGGUCGGCCUUCCUGCCUUUUAUGUCGUCGUCAACUUCGUCAAAAUGUCGGAGAGCACCGUGUGGAUAGGCGGAGAGAAACCAAAAGAGCCGUUCGUACGCAUCUCAAUCGACCAUAUCGCCGUCAAUCUCCCCAACGACGACAAAAUUUACAGAGAAACGGCAGAUGGCAUAGAUGCGGUUCUCAAGCCGCAUCUUGAAGACAAAGGCUAUCGCUCCGAGUUCCACGUCAACGAGACGGAUAAACGUCUAUGGAAGACAUAUGGCUUUUACGCACCGCCAUUCGGGAGCGAAGAUGAGAAGACCUGGGCGAGAGAAAACAAGGCUUCCCCAUGGGAAAAGGGCUCUCUAUGA